AUGGCGAAGGACGACGAGAAGAAGCCCACGGCCGCCGACAAGGGCAAGGGCAAGGCGCCCGUGAGCAAUGAUGCGGACAAGAGCAAGGUCGCAAAGCCAGAUCUUGAGGACAAGAAGGGCGGUGUUGCGACAACUGGCGAGGAGCUCAGCGAGGAAGACCAACAGCUGAAGAGCGACCUUGACAUGCUGGCUGAGCGGAUACUGGGUUCCGACACCAGCCUCUACAAGCCCGCCCUCGAACAGAUCAAGGAAUUCAUCAAGACAUCGACGAGCUCCAUGACGGCCGUGCCCAAGCCGCUCAAGUUCCUCCGACCACACUACGAGAACCUCGAGAAGGCCUACGCAUCAUGGCCAGCAGGCGAGAACAAGCGCUCGCUCGCCGACAUGAUGUCUGUUUUGGGGAUGACGUAUUCCGAUGAGGACCGCCUAGACUGCCUCAAAUACCGCCUCGAGGCCCCCUCCACAGAUCUCGGCUCAUGGGGCCAUGAGUACAUGCGCCACCUUGCGCUUGAGAUUGGCACAGAAUACCAGAACCGCCUGAACGACGACAAAUCCACCGACGACGUCACCGACCUCGCCUCGAAUCUCGUCCCCUUCUUCCUCAAGCACAACGCCGAGGCUGAUGCCGUUGACAUCCUGUCUGAGCUGGAGAUGAUUGAUCAGAUUGAGCAGUACAUCGACGAGAACACAUACUCGCGGGUGGCUCUAUACAUGGUCAGCAACGUGCCCCUCCUCACCUACCCAGACAACGACAAGUUCCUGCGUACCACGUACCGAAUCUACGCCAAAUACAAGCAGUACACACAGGCAAUCGUCAUCGCGAUACGAUUACACGAGACCGAUCUCAUCAUUGAAGCUUUCAACGCUACCAAGGACAAGUCGAUCCGGAGACAAAUGGCCUACCUAUGUGGCCGACAACGGAUAUGGCUCGACGUCUCCGAAGACGACGAUGCGGAGCUCCAGGAGUGCAUCAACAACACGCGACUACCCGACCACUUCAAGGCGCUGGGCAAGGAGCUUAACAUUCUCGACCCCAAGACCCCUGACGACAUCUACAAGACACAUCUGGAGAGCAGCAGGACGGCCGGCCUCACCAAUACCGAUUCCGCCAGACACAACCUUGCUUCCGCCUUCGUCAACGCCUUUGUCAAUGCCGGUUACGCCAAUGAUAAGCUCAUGCUUAACGAGAACACAAAGCAAAGCUGGGUGUGGAAGACCAAGGAGGAGGGCAUGCUGUCAACAACCGCGUCUCUGGGUAUGCUCAUGCUCUGGGACGUGGAAGAGGGUCUCGAUAAGGUCGACCCCUUCACACACGUCGAAGACGACAUGGUCAAGGCCGGCGCCAUGCUUGCUACCGGUAUCUUCAAUUCCGGCGUGCGCAUGGACUCAGACCCUGCCAUGGCUCUCUUGGGUGAUGAGGACAACAUCAACUCCAAGAACCAGAACAUCCGUUUGGCUUCUAUCAUGGGUCUCGGUCUUGCUUACGCGGGGUCUAAUAAGGAAGACCUUUUGGACGUUCUGCUGCCGAUUGUCAGCGACACCAGCCUCGACAUGCAGCUCUCUGCCAUGGCGGCGCUGUCGCUUGGCAUGAUCUUUGUUGGUUCGGCCAACGGAGAUGUCACUGAUGCCCUGAUGAACACGCUCUUGGACGAGGACCGGACGAAGCAGCUCAAGGACAAGUGGACCCGAUUCAUGGCUCUUGGUCUUGCGCUACUCUUCUUCGGCCAGCAAGAAGAGGUCGAUGUCAUUCUGGAGACCUUGAAGGCGCUUGAUCACCCCAUGGCCAAGUCUGCCUCUGUGCUCACAGAGGUGUGCGCAUGGGCUGGUACCGGUGCUGUCUUGAAGAUCCAGCAAUUGCUCCACAUCUGCAAUGAGCACAUCGAGGAUGAGAAUGAGGAGAAGAAGGGCGAUGAGCUACUCCAGUCUUACGCUGUUAUCGGUCUAUCAUUAGUCGCCAUGGGCGAGGACGUUGGUCAAGAGAUGAUCCUGCGCACUCUCGGCCACCUGAUGCACUACGGCGAGGCUAACAUCCGCAAGGCUGUGCCGCUCGCUCUAGGUCUCAUCAGCCCUAGCAACCCUCAGAUGAAGGUCUACGACACUCUUUCUCGUUACUCUCACGACAACGACAACGACGUCGCCAUCAACGCCAUCUUCGCCAUGGGCCUUUGCGGUGCUGGUACCAACAACGCCCGUCUUGCACAACUCCUCCGGCAAUUGGCUAGCUACUACCACCGUGACCCCAACGCUCUUUUCAUGGUCCGCAUAGCCCAAGGUCUGCUGCACGCAGGCAAGGGCACGCUGUCCUUCAACCCAUUCCACACCGACCGCCAGGUCUUGUCUCGUGUCGCAGCGUCUGGUCUCCUCACCGUCCUCGUUUCUCUCAUCGACGCCAAGUCAUUCGUCGCUGGAGACUCACACUACCUACUCUACUACCUUGCUACUGCCAUAUCGCCGCGCUUCCUCAUCACCCUCGACGAGGAUCUGAAGCCGCUGACAGUCAACGUCCGUGUUGGUCAAGCAGUGGACAUUGUCGGUCAAGCAGGUCGCCCAAAGACCAUUACUGGUUGGCAAACACAGAGCACGCCGGUGCUGCUGGCGCACGGCGAGCGAGCGGAGCUCGAAGACGAGAAGUAUCUCAGCCUGACCAAUGUGUUGGAGGGCGUGGUCAUCUUGCGAAAGAACCCAGAAUGGGAGGACUGA